AAAGAAAUCACACAAACCCUAGCACUGUAAGCCUACACCACCGCCGCAAGGAGUGGAAUACUGACGCCGUCCGUCGCACUCAAAGUUCGCCAUCCAUCAUCUAUCUUCCCUCGUGGUCCAAGUCUUCAACCCCUGUUCGCUGUCACCGAUCGCGGCUGCUUCCUCGAGCUCGGCGUCCGUCAUCUUUGUCUGCUCAGCCGUCCUUCCGUCGUCGUUUGUUUGCCGUUCACGUUCACGUCUUCGUUCAGCUGUUGUCUUCGUUCGCGUUCUUCGCCGUUCACGUUCGCUCGGCGUUCACCGUUCGCGUUCACUCGCUGUUCACCGUUCGAGUUCGCGUUCGUCUGGAAGCCACAUUGCUCCGCUUCAAACUCUGCGACCAACCCGCGCGCUCCACCCAGCCGUCGAACUGCUCUCUUUUGUCGCCGUUUAGUGUGAUUAUUGGUUAAUGUUUUGUAAUGUUUGGUGCUGAAUGCUGAUUGUUGAGUUCAGAUAUGGUUGUUUAUUUUGACUUGGAAAGAGUGCAUUGUAAUCAUGGUCCAGUGGCAAAGGCAUUUCUUGCCAGUUUUUCGUCAAAUUGCACACUCUGCUACCACCUCAUCUCCCCAAGGUAAGGGUCUGACGACGUUGAUAGCAAGAACAGUACUAUUGCCCUCAAUUUCAAGUCGUAGCCCUGUUUAUCACUCUUUCCAAUACCAGGGAAUUUCAGGUUCUACCUGUUUGCUUUCUAAGUCAUCAAAUCUGGAACAAACACCAACUUCCUCCCCGUUAGCCUUAACUUCCUUUUUGGGUAGCAAAGAAGCUCAAGACCAGAAGCAGACACCUGUUAAGAAAGAAAGAGUUCAAGCAGUAAUGUCAAAAAUAAAGCAGAGUCCUAAGAAGGUCAACUUGGUUGCUGCUUUGGUUCGUGGUAUGCUGGUUAAAGAUGCAUUGCUGCAAUUGCAAGUGACAGUAAAGCGAGCUUCAAGAACUGUAUAUCAGGGUAUUACUCAAGCCCAAGGAAAUGCCGUAAAUAAUCAUGGAUUGGAUGCAGAGCGCCUCAUUGUUGCCGAAGCGUUUGUUGGAAAAGGAUUAUUCCGGAAGAAAGUUUCUUACCAUUCCAAAGGAAGAGCCGGCAUCAAAGUCAAACCCGAAUGCAGGCUAACAGUUGUAGUAAGAGAAAUAACCGCUGAAGAAGAGGCGAAGAUUGCGAGGUUGAAGGUUCACAAUUUCCGCAAGCUCACGAAGCGUGAGAAACGGCUUGUGCCGCAUCAGCUUAUUGUGUCCAAUCCUGUUUGGGGCCGCAAAAACAAAUCUAGCGAUCAAAACUCGAGUGCCACUGCUGCAUGAGCUUCUUAAAUAUUUCAGAGUUUCAAAAUAGUUGUUUAAUGGUUGUGGCAUAUUCUUGUUAUCCAUCUUCAUGUGAUAGAAAUAGUUGUUAAGAAAUAUCCUGGCUAGUUUCACAUCGAGAGUAACUCCAAAUGUUAGGAUAUGUAUGGAGAAAUUUGUCUACCCCUUAAUUCUAAGGUGGUUACUCCAAUGAAGACAUUGUGAACUGUUAGAUAGUUUAAUAUAUUUGAUUGAACUAUUUGACGGUUCAUAAUAUCAUUUUCACAAAAAUGCUUUUAUGGAAACAGCCACCUCAUUCGAAUAAUAAAAUUGUGUUUGAACAA